GCGCGAGAUAAGACAUACCACGCCGCACAGGGAGAACGAGAAGUAAGCUACCGCCGCGCGUGAGAGGUCUUCUCGGCAUUUCCACGCGAAAGUUUUGACAGCGCCGCAGCUGGCCGGCAGGCGGUCUUGUUUACGUUUUCGCAGGGCUCGCCGUUUGUCUCUGCUGACCCGCGCGAUAUUAGUCACCGGUGGCAUUCUUCGAGCGCGCACGGAGUUUCUGGAGGUGUUUCAUUGGAGACGGCGUUGCUAGAAGGCGCCUUCGUUCUUAUCCAACGGCUGCGUGCGUGUACCCUAUCUGCGCCGGAGUCAAUCUGCAUUGCGACUUCCUUCCGGACCGAACUCGAUCUCAAGGCUGCGAGUUCCUCGAAGCCGCCGCGCAUGCGGCUUGACGGCCGGGGGAAGCCCUUUUGUCACGAGUCUGCUUUCGAGGAUGUUGCGUGACUUUCCAGCUUCCUCCUUUUCUGUGCUUCCUCUCUGUCGCGUUUGAUUACAUAAUUGUAGAAGGAAGGAAAGUACAGAGAAUCUGGCAGAGAGUCGGCACCUUCGAGGGAUGCCGAUCCGUCUCUCGGCUCGCCCUUUAAGAAGUCGGGGUUUUCUAGUCUUUCGCUUCAGUCGUCGCACGUCCGCAUGCCGAUUAAGACGCCACACGUUGUACACCAGACUCUACAUUUUUGGACUGAGUGACACGCGAAUUCGGACUCGGUGGUGUGCUGAAGCGCAAACCCGGUGGCAGCGAUGGCCGAGUCCAGGAAGUUGGGCAGCUUGCUGCAAGAGAUGAACCGUGACCUCAAGUGUCGCAAAGGGUGCAGCUACUACGGGAACCCCGAAUGGGAUGGGUACUGCUCUCAGUGCUACAAAGAGCUCCGAGCGGCGCAGGCAGCAGCAGCAGCUCCAGCCAGCCCUCUAGGAACCCAGCCGGCAAGACGGCUGUCCCGCAGUGCCAGUGAGUCUCCAGAAGGCUACCCCAGUGCAUCGCAGCCUGGCCUGAUCGAACCGUCGCCGUUCUCGCGAUUUGCCGAGAAGAAGCGACAGCAAGCCGAGAAACGGACCAAAACGCUACGUAGCAUCAUCCGCAGGUCCAACACUGUUAAAGAGUCUGUGAGCUCUAAGGACUUUCAGCUGAGCAGUUUGGAGAGCAAUCCUGCCGCCAAGGAGCUCAAGGACUUCCUCCGCGACCUGAAGGAGUCGGCAGCUUGCGAUCUUAUCAAGCAGGUCAGGGCAGCUGUGGAUCGCAUCCACAAAACGUCCCGGGACCAGUCAAUCGAUGAUCUCUCAAACCAGGUGCAGGACUUCUAUCAGAAGAUGCACGAGCGCUUUGAGACACACGCCCACUAUCAAGGUCUGGAGCCCGACCAGGUGGAGCGUCUCAUGGACUUGAUGGAGAACUACCUGAUGAGUCUAACGUACAAGUCCAUCUUCGAGUUCAUCUCCACGGCCGACGAGGAGAAAGAUUUGGCAAUCCAACGCCGCAUCCGGUCUUUGAGCUGGGUGGCGGCACGGCAUCUUGAGCUUGAGUUGGACGAUCGGCAGACGCCUGUGCGUGAUGUGAUUGACCGUGCCAUUACACACAUAAUUGAGCUGGACUCGCGCCACAGCCCCCGUGAGAAGUUGGCCUGUGUUGUGCGUUGCAGUCAGCAGCUGUUCGAGGCAUUGCAAAUGGGACCCCAGGGCCCACAGCCGGCUUCGGCUGAUGAGUUCCUGCCGGCAAUGGUGUACGUUGUGUUGCGUGCCAACCCUCCCCUGCUUCACUCCAACAUCAAGUAUGUGACCCGGUUCAGUGCCCCCAGCCGGCUACUCAGUGGGGAGGCUGGCUACUACUUCACCAACCUGUGCUGUGCGGUGUCCUUCAUCGAGAACCUGACGGCCGAAUCCUUGAACCUGCCCGCAGAAGAGUUUGAGCGCUACGUGACCGGCGAGGCUGUUCCCCCAGGUGGCUACGACCAGGGGGCCAGCGAGGGCCUGCGCCUCAUGUACUCCAAUCUGGCGCUGCUCUCUGACAUGCGGCAACGGCAGGAGCUUCUUGCCGAAGGCACCAAGUUGCUCCGCGGCCGCAUAAACGAGUUUCGGGAGACAGUGUCUCGUGAGGUAGAACAGGCCCUCACGCAAGCACCCUUGGCUCCCUGUUCAUACAAGGUGCCCGCCGACCUCGACGUGCGGUUUGUGCCUGCAUUCCUUCGCGACGUCGUCCUCCGAGAGUUGGACGACGGCGACAGCCUGCUGCUACAGUUGGACACACCCCCUCCGGCACCGGUGGCUCCAGACGCAUCAAUCGAUUCGUCAUCCGCCGUUGCGCCCCUCGAGGAUGUUCAACGAGUCCUGCUGGCCUCUGGUGACCCCAUGUCUCCCGACUCGAUGGAGGCAUGUCUGCCCCCACCCCUGCAACCAGUCAUUGUCAGCUCAACAACAGAAACGCUAGUGCAGUCUUUGGAGUCAACCCUGCCAUCAACGGGGGACAUCUCCUGUACCAUAACGGUCACAGAGGCAACGGAACAAGCAUAAAACAGGUCCUGCCUGGGUCCACCUGGUUCAACAAGACAACCAGAGACCACUAUUGAUGCGGGAAUGUGUUCGGAUGUUGCGAUGGAAAAAUUUUCUUUGCUGUUUCACGAAAGACUACUAUAAGCGCUCCGGUGUCAGACGCACACAUGCCACGACGUCACGCCGCUGGACUUGUUUGCGUGCUUGUGGUGAAAUACUGCUAUUUUGGCGAACAACCGCCUAUGUCGAAGAUGGAAGGGGGAUGCUCGCUGACCCCGAAAAUUGUAAAAAACUGUCGAGACAAAUUUUUUCUUCAGUGUAUAUAAUUACAUAUGUAUAUAUAUAUAUAUAUAUAUAUAUAUGUCUACAUAAAUUUAUUCCUCCACACCCA